AUGGCUCACGUAUUAUCCAGUCUAAGACAGAAGAAGCCACUGUCUGGUCUCUUGGUUAUCUCCUUACUCUAUGCGAUCUACAAAGCAAGAAGCCAAAUUAAUACUAUCAAAAAGGACACUCAUGGCUCAAAUACAGCAACAAAAAAGAAGUACAAGAAAGUAGGUGUCAACGCCGAGUUCCUUGAACAAAUGAAGAAACUAUUUCCUAUUUGCGUACCAGGUCUCUUUUCAAAGGAGUCUGGUUUACUGUUUGUACUUGCUACAGUACUGAUUGCAAGAACUUGGCUUGAUAUUUGGUUUUCGGGCUUCAACGGUCAAGUAGUGAAAGCUAUUGUUUCAAGAGACCGUAAAGAAUUCAUUGCGAGAGCUAUUGUUGAAUUUGGUUUGAUGAUGUGGCCAAUGAGUAUCGUCAAUAAUUCACUCAAACUAACUAUCAACGCACUUGCACUUUCCUUCCGCCAACGUUUGACUAAGCAUGCACACGAUCAAUAUCUGGACGGUAUCACCUUUUACAAGAUUGCCAAUUUGGACAAUAGACUUCAGAAUGCAGAUCAACUCUUGACUCAAGAUAUUGAUAAAUUCUCUGAAAACCUGUCUCAUCUUUAUUCUGAUAUUGCAAAACCUGUUGUAGAUAUCUUUUUGUUUGCUUAUAAAUUAGGUGAAGCCAUUGGUAAUGAAGCACCCUUCUUUAUGAUUGCUUACUUUAUCGCUUCGGGUGUCUUGCUCCGAACAUUCUCUCCUCCAUUCGGUCGAUAUACUGCAACAGAGCAGAAAUUAGAAGGCGAUUUCCGUUUUGCACAUUCUCGUAUUAUUACACAUUCAGAAGAAAUUGCAUUUUAUCGUGGUGGAGAAAGAGAAAAGGAAGUGGUUAACAGUACAUUUGAAAAGAUUUCCAACCAUGUUCGAAAAGUAUACACCCUUCGCUUCCUCAACGGCAUCUUUGAUUCAGUGCUUGUGAAAUACUGUGCAACAAUGACUGCCUAUUAUUUAUUAGCCAGACCUGUAUUUGACCCUCGCUAUGCUACCAAAUACAUGGGUGCCGAUCAUGACCCUACCAAGCUCAUGGAGGAUUACUCCAGAAACUCAAGUUACUUGAUUAAUCUGUCUCAAGCAGUGGGCCGACUUAUUUUGACUGGCAGAGAUUUAACUCGUUUUGCAGGUUAUACGUCCCGUGUUGCAGAGCUAUUUGACGUCUUGACUGAUGUGCGUCAAGGUAAAUAUAAGCGUACGAUGAUGUCAAAUGAAGAAGGCAGUGCAGGCAAGAACAAAAUCGUAGACACCACCAAUACAAAGGGCAAAGUUCUCAUUCGUGACGGUGUGAUCGUGUUUGAUAAUGUACCUAUUGUCACUCCCAACAGUGACAUCCUCGUCAAGGAUCUGUCGUUCAAGGUGAGCACAGGCAUGAACUGCUUGAUUUCUGGCCCAAACGGAUGUGGUAAAAGUUCGCUCUUCCGUAUCUUGGGCGAUUUAUGGCCCUUGUUUGGCGGAAGUGUGACAAAGCCUGAAGCUAGUAAACUGUUUUAUGUGCCUCAAAAGCCAUAUCUUCCUCUGGGAACAUUCAGGGAUCAAGUCAUUUAUCCUGACACGCAAAAGGAAGCAUUUGCCAAGGGUUACAAUGAUGAGGAACUGAUGAAAUUGUUGGAUACGGUUCAUCUCGGUUACUUAGUCGAAAGAGAAGGAGGAUGGGAUGCAGUUCACGAUUGGGCCGAUGUCUUGUCCGGAGGUGAAAAGCAACGAGUGGCCAUGGCUCGUUUGUUCUACCAUAAGCCACAAUUCGCUAUUCUUGAUGAAUGUACAAGUGCAGUCAGUGUAGAUAUUGAAGCAUUGAUGUACGAGCAUGCUCGUAAAGUCGGUAUUACACUCUUUACAGUGUCACACAGAACCUCUUUGAUUCGUCACCAUGAAUAUCUAUUACGCUUUGAUGGAGAGGGCCAUUAUGAAUUUAGAGAAAUGGACCCUGAAGAUAUAAACUCUGCUUUUGGCUUUGGUCACGGUAAAUCCAAGCCUCAAGAAAAACUACAAGACAAUGCUGAAGAAGAAGAAGAGUAG